CCAGUGCCGAGUCAGCCCGCCCGAUGCCAGGGGGCCUGUGCGUCGCAGCACAGCGAUCAGUCGUCUGGCAGCAGCGCAACCGGCGACCGACACUGCCGCAACCGGCGACCGACACUGCCGCACCCGGCGACCGACACUGCCGCAACCGGCGACAGCCAGCCGAUGAGACGUCUCGUCAUGGCCCAGCUGCUGGUGCCCAUCAGCCUGCUCCUGGCGCCUCAGUUGGUGUGGUGUGACGAGUUCAGCUCUGCGCACCUGCCGGCGGAGCACAGGGGUGGAGGCGGCCCGCUGCUGGACGGCGGCCGCCAGCUCGGCCCCAACUAUGGACCGCCGCCGCCGCCACAGCAGGGCUACAGCGGUCCGGCCACCGGCGACGCCGACCCGUGGCUGCUACCCGCACCCGACAUGCCGAAAAUUAAAAACAUCGAGGUCCAGUGUGAAAAGGCGAGCAUGCGUGUCAACGUCGACUUUGACCGUCCGUUCUACGGCAUGAUCUUUAGCAAGGGCCACUACUCGGACGGCAACUGCGUGCACAUGCAGCCCGGCUCGGGUGCGCUCAACGCCCAGUUCGAGAUCUACCUGAACUCGUGUGGCAUGGCCGCCUCGGAGAGCGGCAGCUACGGCCAGCCCAACCCUGCUGGCAGCUUCGUAGAGAACACCAUCAUCAUCCAGUACGACUCGCUGGUGCAGGAGGUCUGGGACCAGGCGCGCAAGCUGCGCUGCACCUGGUACGACUAUUACGAGAAGAAAGUAACGUUCAAGCCGUUCCAGGUGGACAUGCUGAACGCGGUGACGGCUAACUUCCUCGGGGACAACCUGCAGUGCUGGAUGCAGAUCCAGGUCGGUAAGGGCCCGUGGGCCUCUGAGGUGUCCGGCAUCGUCAAGAUCGGACAGACCAUGACCAUGGUGCUGGCAAUCAAGGACGACGAAAACAAGUUCGACAUGCUCGUCCGCAACUGCGUCGCCCACGACGGUCGCCGUGCACCGCUCCAGCUGGUGGACGGCAAUGGCUGCGUCACCCGACCCAAGGUCAUGUCCAAGUUCCAGAAGAUCAAGAACUUUGGCUCGUCGGCAUCUGUGGUAUCAUACGCCUACUUCCAGGCGUUCAAGUUCCCCGACUCGAUGAACGUCCACUUCCAGUGCGUCAUCCAGGUGUGCCGCUACCAGUGUCCGGAGGCGGCGUGCGGCGGCCAGCGGGACUACGACACCAGCCCGCGCAUUCCGGCCGGCGAAUAUCAGGGCGCCGGCAGCGAGCAGCAGCCGGUCAUAGUCGACGGCGAGCAGGCCAACGACAGCGAGAACCGCAUCGACGCCGCCUUAAACCGACAGGGCCCGCCGCCUGCGAACGGUGGGCGGCGGCGCGCGCAGCAGCAGCGGCAACAGCACGCCGAUCGGCCGAUCCCGCAGCCUGUCAACAUCGGCCUGAAACCGGGCUCAGUGACGCUGCCGAGGCCACCAUCGCCCUACCCGUUCGUGAACCGGCAGGGCGUGGCCUCUGACGACGACAGCGCCAAGUACGCCAUCUCCGGUCAGCCACGCGCGCUCGACGACAAGCAGCUGGAUGAGCUGGCAGCCGAGGCGGCGGCGGACGGCGCGUUGCGGCGGCGACGGCGCGACACCCAGGAGAUGACGGACGUGGAGACAGAGCGUACCAUUCAGGUGGUGGCGCCUGGCGACGUGGCAUUUAGCCUGAGCUCUUCCAACCAGGACUCGCUGGUGGUGUUAGAGUCGCCGGACGCCGUGCACAAGAGGAACAACAUCUGCAUGUCGGUACCCGGCUUCGUGGCCGGUCUGAUCAUGCUUCUGCUGGUACUCGUGAUCGCCAUCAUCGUCUCAGUCUUCCUAUUUUCUCGGUUGCGCGCCUUCAGCGGCAAGGCGUCGUUGUUCGCCUCGGGCGUCGAUAACCCCGAAUUCGUCAAGUGUCCAAACUGAGUGGGAGGCUAACCGGGGCGCUGCAGGGGCGGAUGCGCUCCCAAAUCACGGGGAUUACUCGGCGUCUUUCUCGGUCGGGGCCGGGACCAACCUUAUUACGCUUGACUGUCCGGGCCCGAGAGAGACCAGUCGCUUUAAUGAGGGCACUGCCGCGUCGGCCGAUUGUUGUGAAUUUGUGCAACGUCGAUUAUGCGACGCACCACUGACCGUGUUGCCAGUUGUUUUUCUUUUAUUUAUUGCACGCCCUAUGCAGUUAUUUAUUAGCCAGCCGCAUAGUGCAUCCGGCAGCGUGCCAGGAGCAGUCACCUAUUUCUCGUUGGGGGUCGUACCUUCUAUGAACGGUCCCUGGAUGCCUCGUGACGAGCCCGGAAAAGCGUAGAACAAAAUGUAGGAAACUCAGACCAGGGCGUCAUUAACUCGCAUCCCUCUGGGGGUACUGGAUUUCCACGCCCCGCUGGGGGAGGGGGGGGGGUGAACACCCCUUUCUAACUCGGCUCCUGGGACACGUAGCGACAUGCCGUAGGCGGCGUUCGGAAAGGCGUAAAAAAUGAAGAAAUAAUUUUGUCAAUUCUUAGGUCAAAGGUCAGGUCACCAGAGGUCACCCAAAGGUAAUAUUUCGCCACUUCCUAGGCCAAACCGAUAAUUUUCGCCAAUCCGGCACAAAACUGAGGAACGGAUAGAGCUGCAGCACCGCAGAAAACGCAUCCGAUAGCUCUUUUGACCACCAUAUUUCUGAUCAAUUCCCUCAGGUAUAUAGCCUGGGGAAUCGCGGAAACAGAUUGCGUAAACAUAUUUUCUGCAACAACUUUUGACUCAAACCCUGCACAAGCUUACUUUUAGCAGCAUCGUGUUCCUUUCGUCACCUUGACCUUGAAAGGUCAAUUUAAAAAUUUGACCUCCGGUCAAGGUCAUGACCUGAAGGAAGAAGGUCAUGACUCAUGUUCCAUAUCAGUCGAUCCGUACCGUCAAGCCAAUCACAUCUAAGGCGUGUUCAUCGCUGUAGCGUGCCCAUAUCAAAAUUUACUAGCGAAAAACUGUUUGAGAUACCUACUUUUCGUGACGCAAGAUGACCUCAGAAACAUAACGAGGGGUCACGAGUGCCAUUUCAUCCUGUACUUACAGUGUGCCAUACUUACUUGAAACUCGAUUUCUGAAAGUGUAAGAAUGACGUCCGUCCAAAAGAGUCGCCUGUCAAUUCUUAAUUCGUUUAGUCUAGUGCUUGCUGAAUGUAAGGCAUUUAAAUCGUUUAGUCGUUUUUGAAUGACCUCCGUACAAAAUUAUGCUUUUCAUUCAUGUAUUUUUUUGUUUUAGAUGACUUUUCGGCCACGGGCCAUUAUCAAAUCAAUGCCAAAAUAUAUUUUAGCGUUGAUGUGAUCAUGGCCCGUGGCAUGUCAAUUUUCUCCCAUUGACUUAUAGGUAAUGGGGAGGUCGCAAAAUUGACCUGGCCUUUGGUCACCAAUAUCAGAAUUCCGAGACAAAAUUUUGUACAGCCCUCAGCACACUGUGUGGUAGGUAUUCUUUUUUUUUCGACAAAACCGAUAAUAACUCGAAGGCUAUGUUAUCAAAUGGUCGGAGCUCAUUGCACUUAUAUGCGCCAUGCUCCACUCCUUCGAUUGGGUCGAUCACUGAACAAAGUAUACGCCAAGUGUGGCAACAAAAUACAAAAGUUUGUUUUGGGGGUAAAUAUAAACUGUUGUGUGUUGUUGCCAAACUGGAUUGAGAAUGUAUACCAUAAUAAGCCCAAUCUAAGGGGUGGAGUAUCAUGCGUCUUGCUGUUACGGUUUCCGAUUGACCGAUGGCAUAGUAUUCGAGUUAUUCUCGGUCUGUCGAAAAAAAAUGCCUACCACGCAGUGUGCUGAGGGCUGUAUGCACAUACUGUUGCUCUCAUGAACCGCUGAAAGUUUCAAAGUGAUCGGUCACUCGGUAUAGCUAUGGCAGGCAUUGAAACUUUUUAUGAAGUGAGGUUACCUGACGUGACCUGGUGACCUAACCUUGAGUGACCUUGGUCUGAAAUGUUAACACAAUAUGCAGAAAAGAUGUUUGAAAAGAUGAACCGAAAACGGUGGCGCCCCGCGUCGCCAUUAUUUAGAUAUCGCGAAAAACCGCAUAAGGUGUUCAACCCUCCCCCUAGCAGGGUGCGGGUAAACUCGGAUCAUGGAUUAAGGCUAGAUAGAACAAUGCAUACUUGUUUUUGCCGCCACAGUAAAAUGCCAAAUGUCCACGUUAUGUCCAAAUGAGUGUCGUUAAGUUUAUCAUUAUGACUUCAGCAAAGUUAAGCCUAUAGCCCUGUGAUCAGCAGCACGACAGCGGAUAUGGGGCCAUAUUCACGUCGACUUUGUAAGUCGAUUUUCUUUCGUAAGUAGACGACACUUCAUAAGUUUUUAUCGACGGAGUUCACGUGAAUAAGAAAAUUUACUUAAGAAAUAGGUCAAACGUAAGAAAAUUCUUACGAAAAUGAUCGACGUGAAUACGGCCCCUGGACAGCUGUUGACCACGGGCUCCGUAUAAUGCUGUUGGCCAGUGCUGAUGACAGCCUGCAGCUAUUGCGACGGAACUCGACCAGUGAAUGUGAUGCGAUUAUGUCAGCCCCAAUACAAAUCACCCAAAAUGA